AUGUCGCGGCCAAUCAAGCGUCUCGGCGAUGAAGCCACUUACAGAGACAGCGGUAACGCAGAUCCGACCAGCUCACGCCUCGGCACUUCGUUCGCCUCGGCCGCGGGCAGCUCUGUGCUCUCCAACGGCAGCCUGCUCGAUCUCUACUCGCGCUCCCCCAGCUCGACUGCAAACUCGGCAGGGGCCAGCACGUCGUAUGGCGUCAGUCCAGGCGUUGUGUCUGCAGUCAACUCGACGAGAGAGCAGGGCCUCGGCGCGUCUUCCACGUCGGCGAAUCCGGGCAAACCCCCGCCACUGCCUGCCAGACCAGCGGAACAGGCCACCCGCUCCACCGGCUUUGAUGUCGGCGCCAGUGCGCCCCGAGCGGCAUUCGCACCUCCGUCGCCAUCGGAUUGGACGGCGGCAGCUCCGACGCGAGAUGCGGAGCCGGUCGUCGGCAGCAAGCGAGCCUCGGUCGCGGGGUUCGAUGCAGAGAUGCUGAAAAACGUCCGGCCUGCCUACAACGCUGCCCAAGGGGGCGAUGCAUCUGCUUGGCGGGCGUACUCCGGCGGCGCCCUGUCUCAUGACCGGGACGUGCGGUACGAUGAGGGCGACAGCGAUAGCGAAGGGUCGCACUACGACGACGACGAUGCCGUCGGCGAGGACAGUCGGCGGCCGCGCGCCGACCUCGGGCCAACACGGUCGGGCGACUCGGACUAUGCUCGCCCAACGCUAUCCCUCACAGAGCCAGACGCAUCGACGGCAGGCGAUUCGCGCCGCCCCAGCGAAAGCAGCUUCUUGCACCUUGGCGGCUCUCGCCGCGACACGAGCAUGGGCAGCUCGCUCGAUGCCAGCAGGGACAGCGGCCUCGCCUCACCACCAGUUCCGCAGCGGACGAGCAGCUUCAACCGGGAUGAGGAGCUCGUCACGCCCAGCCUCGGCACCGCCACAGCGGGCACCAACACAACCACAAGUCCGCAGGCAGGGCUACCUACCAAUAGCUGGGCGUCGCCCUUGCUCGACGAUGCAGACCGUGCCGCUUCGAGGGCGGCAUCCCGGCGACCGUCGCUGGCCCUGCACAGCUCGCAGAUCCCCCUGAGACGGAGCAGCUCCGAGAUACGACGCUCUUCCGACCACCGCCGACAUGGUAGGGCCAGCACCGAGAACACCGAGCUUCGCGACGGCCUUGGUAUCACCUCCAGCCUUCAGAGCUCGCCGGAGAAGCGCGGUACCGGUGGCGCAAACUCGCACGACAGCGCUUCAGCUCGUGGCUCUUUACGCGCCGGUGAGGAGCUCCAACUCCACCCUUCCCAGGACUCCAGCGCGAAGCCGCCGAUCCGGGGUGAAGCUCUGCAGGUUGUCACCGAGGACCCGUCGAAGUCGCCGCGCAUCGUGAAACGGGAUGGAUCUCCCACUCCGGCUCGCCGCGACGCGGCCACGCGACCAGACAGCAGAGACUCGGACAUGAAUGCCGAAGAGCAGGCCAGACUUGAGCGCGAGCUCCUCGCCGGAGACUCUGGCGACGGAUCAAGGCCCAGGACGCUCAAAGAAGCACGAGAGAGGGCUAGGCUACGUCGGCAGCAGAGCGAGGCCGCAGCAGGACCCUCGACCUCGUCGCCGCUGAGAGAGUCGGCACCGACCGAAGCAAGGCCGUCUUCAAAGCGGACGGGAACGCGGCAAGAGGAAGCGCUACCCCGGAAAAGCACGGACUCGGUCGACCGCCCGUCGCGGGACCCAAGGAGGCUGUCGGCCAAGGAAGCAGUGCCACUGUCGCGGACUUCGACGAGAUCCGACUUUUCGGCGCCAUCGGACUACUCGCACGGCUCUGAGCCGGAUCUGGACGGCCAAUUCCAAGACGCAGCCAACGCGGGAAGCCGGACGUCUUACGAAGACGCCGUCAGCGGCGAACCCCUUCUGGGCGGCGACGAUUUCGCAUCCGCCGCUUCGCAGGGCUCGGGCGGCAUGGAAGAGCUCACCGCUGCCGUCUCCUCGGCCAUGCAGGACCUGAGCUUCGGGAGUGCCGACGACUCAUCCAACACGAUCUACGGCGCUGCUGGCCAAGGCGAGCUCGACCGUGCCGCCGCCUUGGACGCAGCGCGGACCGACCAGGAUCUGCAGACGCCAAGACCGCCUGUAUCUUCGCGCUUCGACGAUGGCCGUCUGCGCACCGUCAGCGGCGCCGGGUUCGGCACUGCGACAGGCCGGGCAACGGUCGGCGACUCUGACUUGGAACUGGCCUCACCGUACGGAGAGAAGCAACUUCCGGAUGCGGCUGCUUCUCGCAGCUUGCAGAGCGCCGUUCGAGAAGAGGCUCGGGCCCCAGACCCGUGGCCCAUCACCAGGAUCGAGAUAUACGGUAAGACGGUACCGUUUCCCAAGUCGUUUGCCAGCACCACGGUCACAGGCAGGAGGAAGGCCGCAGCCUGGGAGCGCGCCAAGCUGUACGCCCAAUUCACCAAUGACCUUCUGACGCUGCAGACUGGGCUCGAGCGAUGGAUGGAUGCGGUCCAACGUCCGGCAAUGCGGCAGCAGCUGGGCCGACAGUCGCAAGACACCUCCGCCGUUGCAGAUGAGCACGACGCCCGACGCGGCCACCCGCGCAACGAAGGGUCCUAUGCGGCUUCGGUGCGCUCGGACCUGACAUUCCCGAUGCGAGGCGAUGGCGGCAAGGCCAAGGAGAUCGUUUCUUUGCUGCCGACGAUGCCAGAGUCUCCGCCGAGCCGGGUGCCGGCCAAUCUCCCUUACCCCUCUUUGGUGGAUCAACGAUCAAACUCGACGUCUAGCGGCAACUUUUCCACCUCCUCGAUCAGUCAGCCCAUUUCGCUUCAUCACGAAGUCGCCGCGACCCAGGGCACGGGCAAGGCUGGUGGGAUGACAUCGUCGACGAGCAGCGGCGGCAACUCUCGCUCGGUCGCCGGCGGCAGCUUCUUUAGCAGCCUGGGCCGCAAGGGCAGCCGACGCGCUCCCGGCGGCUCGGUAUCGAGCCUGGCCCAGGGCGGUCUAGCCUCGAUCGCUGGGGCGGUGGGGGGUCCGCGGGGCCACAAGACCAAAGGCAAGACGAUCUCGGCCCCGAUACAGGCAACUGGAGAGCGCAGGAGCAUGGACACAGCCGAACUGAGCAGUCCCGACCUGGGUUCGUAUGGACGAGCGUCAGGGCUCGGCGAGAGCGCCAGCGCAAGCAGGCUCGCGACCGUCAGCGAACAACAGCUUUCUGCCGGUACCCUUGCAUCGCCGACCGGCUCCCGACCCUCGCCAAUGGGACCUCGCGCUCCUGGUUCCGUCUCCGGUCAGGGAUUCUUCAGCAGUAUCGGAAGGAGCAACUCGAACGAUGCCGGCCGUGCCUCUGCCAACCCGUCUGCUCGCCCCUCGCACGAUGGCAGCAGCAUAGGCGGUUCCUCGCCGAUGGUUUCCUCGCCCGAGUUCGAGCAGCGCGGAUGGAACGAGCCGACCCAGCGUCCCAAGAACGGGCGCUCUGGCUCAUCGGCCUCGCUACUCGGCAGCAGGGACAGCGCCAUGUCCGCCGUCCGAAGCUCAUUCUCAUACGGCACGGUGCGGGAGAAGAUGCGGGGCAUGGCGCCCAGCAGCCCUGAUCCUAGCGCAGCCAACGAUCCGGGCUUCCAGGAGGCGCUCAGCAAACUCGCCGACGUGUUGCCGGAUGCCGACAGCGACACGCUGGCCUACUACCUCCGCAAGGCCAAGGGCAACGAUCUCGUCGCCAUUGGCGACUACCUACAAGACCAAUCGCUGGGACGCCUGCCGGGCUAG